AUGGCUCAGCAGUCGGUCGAACUUCGAGAUAUCACUGCACGGUUGUCGAUUGACAAUACACAUCCGAAACCACGACAUGACAUGAAGUGCGACGACUCACAGCUUCCAGCUCCUCGUGCGUUGCCAGAUUUGCCGCUUGUCGAUAGAGGGAAGGAUGCGUGGCUGUUUUUGGCUGCUUGCUGGGUUGUUGAGGCUUUCAUAUUUGGCUUCGGGGCUUCAUUUGGUGUAUUUCAGGAUUUCUAUAGCACUCACGAGCCUUUUGCGAAGUCGGGCAGUGUCGCCAUUAUAGGAACUACCACAAUGGGCAUUAUGUACAUAGGUUUCCCCCUAUUCAUUGGGCUGUGCCGGCUCUACCCUCGAUGGGGUCGGUGGUCAACGAUGGUAGGACUUUUUGCGGCUUCCUUAUCCAUGGCAACGAGUUCUUUUUGCAACAACGUGCCACAACUUAUUGUAUCACAAGGAGUUAUGUUCGGUCUUGGCGGUUGCAUCGCCUGCUGUCCUUGUCAAUUAUAUAUUGACGAGUGGUUUGCUCGACGAAAAGGCCUGGCUUACGGCAUCGCGUGGAGUGCUGGAGGCGUCGGAGGUGUUGUCUUUCCUCUGAUUAUGGAGACUCUCCUCCACGAGCUGGGGUUUCAGAAAACUUUAAGGAUCUGGGCUGGCAUACUCUUUGCAUGCUCUGCUCCCUUAGCUUUCUUUAUCAGACCUCGGCUGCCGUACUCGGCUAGUAUACACCAAAGGCGAUUGAACUUGCGGUUCAUCAUGUCUAAAAGAUUUGCUCUCCAUCAAGUGGCCAAUACUAUCCAGGCGACCGGCUAUUUUCUACCUAGCAUCUAUCUACCCACAUAUGCCCGAUCGGUCUUCGGCACCUCGGCUUUCUUAUCAGCACUGACAGUCAUGUUGGUCAAUGUGGCCACAACAAUGGGUCUCGUCAUCAUGGGGUCACUGAGCGAUAAGUUUCAUGUGACAACCUGUAUGAUCAUCUCGGCGAUGGGUGCAGCAAUAUCGGUAUUGGUGGUUUGGGGGUUAUCAGCAUCUCUACCUGUUUUGUAUUUGUUCUGCGUCCUUUACGGCCUGUUCGCCGGUUCCUGGGCAUCAGUAUGGCCUGGCAUCAUGAAAGAAGUUUCACAAAAUGGUGAACGCGAUGGUUAUGGUCACGUUGACCCGGUGAUGGUGCAAGGCAUGUUGUGUGUUGGCAGGGGCGUCGGCAAUGUUAUAUCAGGGCCCCUGAGUAAUUCGCUCCUUGGAGGAAUGCCGUGGCGUGGACAAGCUAUGUCAGGUUACAGCAGCGGUUAUGGCGUUUUGAUAUUGUAUACUGGAUUUACGGGCCUUUUGAGUGGGAUGAAUUACCUGCUCAAGCGCUUAAAGCUGCUUUGA